AUGGUUUCAACAACAACAGUUAAAAAUGAUGAAUUAGAUAAAUAUUUAAAAAUGAAUAUUGAAGAUAUUUAUAAACAAUCAAAUCCAUUACCAUUUUGGAAACAUCACCAGCACAAGUUUCCAUGUUUAUCAUUGCUCGCUCGACGUCUUUUUUCUAUACCAGUUACUUCAGCUGCAGUCGAGCGUUCUUUUUCUGCUGCAGGUUUAGCUGUUACUGAACGUCGUUCUUCUCUUGAUCCUGAUACCGUGAACAACAUUCUUUUUGUCAGAUCCAUUCAAAAUCUUCUUGAACGAAAUCCAGAUUUUUUUUCUUAA